AUGUCUGGUCGUCAAGGUGGUAAAAUGAAGCCUCUAAAGCAAAAGAAGAAGCAACAACAGGACAUCGAUCCUGAAGAUUUAGCUUUCAAAGAAAAACAAAAGGCUGAUGCAGCAGCUAAGAAAGCUAUGAUGUCAAAUGUUAAAUCUGGUAAGCCAUUAGUUGGUGGUGGUAUCAAGAAAUCCGGUAAGAAAUAG